AACCUCUCCUCUCCUCCAGCAUGCUGUGUCUGUGGCUCCCCAGAGGCACCAGUGUGGCCGCUGUGAUCCUGGGUGUGUUGAUGCUGAGCCAUCCAGGGGCUUUGGUGAGGGACCCCCGACCACGUUUUCUGGAGCAGUUGAAGGCUGAGUGUCACUACUUGAACGGGAGGGAGCAUGUGUGGACUGUGACCAGAUUCAUCUAUAACCAGGAAGAGUUUGCCCUCUUUGACAGUAACAUUGGGAAAUUCCUGGCAGUGACUGAGCUGGGGCAGCCCAUAGCUGAGUACUUGAACACCCAGAAGGACAUGCUGGACAACUAUCGUGCCUCAGUGGACAGGUGCAGAAAUAACUAUGACCUUGUUGAUAUCUUCAUGUUGAACUUAAAAGCUGAGCCCAAGGUGACUGUGUACCCUUCAAAGACACAGCCUCUGGAACACCAUAACCUCCUGGUCUGCUCUGUGAGUGACUUCUACCCUGGAAGCAUUAAGGUCACAUGGUUUCGGAAUGGCAAGGAGGAGAAGGCUGGAGUUGUGUCCACAGGCCUGAUCUCAAAUGGAGAUUGGACCUACCAGACCCAAGUAAUGCUGGAGACGGUGCCUCAUGGUGGAGAGGUUUACACCUGCCAGGUGGAGCAUCCCAGCCUGACCAGCCCUGUCACAGUGGAGUGGAGGGCUCGGUCCACAUCUGCACAGAACAAGAUGCUGAUUGGAGCCAUGGGCGUGGUGCUAGGUCUGUUCAUCCUCACAGUGGGGCUGUUCGUCUACUUAAGUAAUCUGAGAGCAGGACCAGUGUCUCAUGGUGCUGGAGAAGGAGCUGAGAGUCCCACAUCCAGAUUGGCAGGCAGCAGGAGUGAAUGACACAUCGGGCCUGGGAUGAGCAUCUGAGACCUGGAAGCCAGCCCCCAGUGACACACUUUCUCUAACAAGACCACACAUGCUCCAGAAGGUCAUAUCUCCUAGUAGGGCACUCCCUUUGAUCCUAGGGGAGCCAUUUUCAUUCAAACUACCACACUGUCUCAAAACCUUGUUAGAGCAGCUAAGCACCACAGAUGUAAUAAUGACAGCUAGAAACUGUUAGGGUGGGUUUACAGACGACCUAACACUUGGUUCAAAUGAUGGAUGUCCACUCUGCACUUGCAAAUAGCAGGACCCUGAGAGUCAGUCUCAGUCAUGUUUGAAGAGUUAGUUUCAAAGUAAAAAGCUAGCAGUCAGCCAGAAGUCUAUUUUAGCACAGUGAUUGAUGAUGCAGGGUGAUUUACACACAAUAACAUAGCAUUCAUUCCAUGUUACGACAAAUGUUAGUGUCUGUUAUAUAUUUGUUAAGGUUUAUUAUGUAUUUACAUAAACUAGAUUUUCUGGUAGGAAUUUGGUGAGCGUAGAGUGAUGUUAGAUGUGUUUGACACCACGUCGACAGCUUCACCUUAGAUCCAAUGCUUUCCUUAUCGAAUGAAACCUCAUGGUUUACAUGUGGAGUUUAAUCACUGCUUAGUGAUUCUCUGGAUGAGUAACAGAGGCAAUGAAUGGAUACUAACCAGAAAGUAAAAAUAAAUAAAUAAAUGAAGAUGCUCACUUUGCUUUUCUGAGGUGUUUUGUAUUUACAGAAUGAUUUAGAGGGAAUGUCAUGAAUACACUCAGCCAAACUGUCUCCCAGUCCACUCCUCCAUGUGAUUAACUGAAUUUAUAUUUUCAUAUAAUAUUUUAGAGUUUUCUAAACAAAAGUAUUCUUCAUGUGUUGCUGGUGCUGUCUGAGUAUUUGGCACAUUUUAGCAUAGAUAGAUAGAUAGAUACCUUUUUUUGAUGAAAAAUAUUGUGUGCUUGUAUAUACAGAUGUGGAAUUUUGAGCAGCAGCAGUAUGCAGUAGACAGUUGACAUUCUUUAAUAUUAUUGUUGAAAGUA